AUGCUGACCGUCAUCGACCGAUGGACCCGGUGGCCCGAGGCCAUCCCCCUCCAGAAGGCCGACUCCGAGGCCGUCACCGCGGCCUUUCUGCUCCACUGGGUGGCCCGCUUCGGCGCGCCCCAACACCUAACAUGUGACCGAGGUUCUCAGUUCCAGAGUCACCUGUUCAAGGCCACGCUCCGACUCCUGGGUACGCAGCAACACAGCACCACGGCCUACCAUCCGCAGGCCUCCGGCAUGCUCGAGCGAUGGCACCGCCCCCUCAAGGCGGCCCUGAUGUGCCACGAGGACGCGUCCUGGGCCACCUCCCUGCCGUGGGUCCUACUCGGCCUCCGGUCCUCCCUCAAGGACGACCUCGGCGCGUCCACGGCAGACCUCGUCUACGGGGAGCCGCUGCGCUUGCCCGGUGCCCUGCUCACCAACACCGCCGGGCCGCCCCCCGCCGACGCCAUGCCGGGUCUGCUCGCCCGCAUUCGCCGGCAAGUAGAGCUCCUGCGCCCGCAGCCCGCCGCCCGCCACGGCCGCAAACCCGUCUUCACCUUCCCGGAGAUGGCCACCGCCACCCACGCCUACCUGCGCGACGACACGGUGCGCGGCGCCUUGGCGCCGCCGUACUCGGGCCCACACGCCAUCCUCGCCCGGGACGCCAAGACGGUGACGCUGCAGCUGCCACGCCGCGUCACCACGGUGUCCGUCGACCGCGUGAAGCCGGCCUUCACGCUCUCCAGCGACCCCGCCGCAACCAAGUUCAUAGUUUCAAAUUGUCCUCCUGAAAUUCAUGACGAAGAUCUCAAGGACCUCCUAGCACCCUACGGAAGAGUUGUCUCUGCCCCAACCAGACUCAAAGUAUCAACAACUCAUGAUGAUCUAAAACACGUCAAGUCCUGGAAGAGAUCCAUAUUCAUCAUGAUUCCCUCUGGAGCUCCAGAAAUGCCAAAAAAAUACUGGACAUCUCGAGGCAAAAUGCAAGAAGAAACUAAACCAGGAUCAAGAAUUCCCAGCCAUCAGACCCCAGUUUCUCAACGCUUGUUGAUCAACAGAACAUCCCGCCCAACAACUGGACAACAACCAUCUGGAAGUUCAAGUUCAGUACCCCACAUUCCCAUGCCAAAUUUCGUUGCUGCUACAGUGCUGCAACCUUCUACUUCCAUGUCAUCUCAGACAGUCACAUUGCAAGACUCAGAGUUCACUUUCAGCACUCCUACCAUCCUAACACCCGAAACAAGUCAAGUCCCCCAAACAGCGGAAUGA